GUUCCUCAGGACCCCGACUUCGUCCUACAUUAUAUAUUCGGUAAUGAUUUCGUGUGUUACAAUAGUUGGAAGGGAUUAAGGUCAGUACGUACCUGGUUUUAUGGCGUUUCAGCUCCUGGUGGUGGAAGCGCUAGGGACACAAGUAUUCAGCCCGACCUCUGCGGCUUCCUAUUCUAA